AUGUUAAUGACCGUCGCGCAAAUCAGAUUCAUCCAGCAGAAGUUAGAGCGGGCGUCGCCGGCCGAGAAGCAGAUGGUGUUCAGCGAGAUCCUGUCGUCCGCGUACAGCCUCAUGACGGACGUGUUCGGCAACUACGUCAUACAGAAGUUCUUCGAGUUCGGCACGCCGGAGCAGAAGCACACGCUCGCUCAGCGCGUGCGCGGUCACGUGCUGCCGCUCGCGCUGCAGAUGUACGGAUGCCGCGUGAUACAGAAGGCGCUCGAGUCGAUCCCGCCAGAGAACGCCGCGCUGAAGAUACAUUGUUACAUAUUGUUGCAGGAGAAUUCUCCGCUAGCCGUGGCAGACCAGGUAAAGACUGAGAGUAAAGAUGGCGCCGGUGCAGACAUGCAGAGCAUCGAACAAGUGCAGGCCAACGGCAUCGUCGAGAACGGGGUGCUGGAGGGCGCCACUGACAAGUACGGGCGGGGAGGCCUGGGCAGCCGCGAGUCGUCCCCGCCGAUGUCCGACCAGGAGAAGGCCAGCCAGCACCACCACACGCAGCAGUACCCGGCGAGCAAGUCGGACGAGAUGGCGGCGGCUGCUGCUGCUGCUGCUCGCGGCAACAUGCAGGGCUUCCCGCACCACAUGGACCAGCACGCGGCGGCGGCGGCGGCGGCCGCGUUCGAGCAGAUGCAGCUCGAUCCGAUGGCGUUCGGGGGCGGCUAUGACAGCAUGGCUUCGCAGAUGGACAGUCCCAACAUGCUCGACUACCAGCAGCAGCUGCUGCAGGCACAGAGGCAACAGCAGCAGCAGCAGCCUCAGCCGCAGCAACAACAGCAGCAGCAACAACAGCAGAUGCUACUGGCACAGCAGCAGCAGUACGCGCUUGCAGCACAGCAACAGAUUGCAGCCGGCUUGGCCCCCACUGCAAUCGCUGCUUCAAAUCCAUACAUAAUGAACGCGCAAGACCCCUACGCUGUCGGAAUUGCCGUGACAGGUCCGCAAGGCAACGUCCACCCUCAGUACUACGCGAUGGGUCCGUGGAUCUACCCUGCCGGAAUGAUUCAGCAACAACAGCAGCAGCAACAGCAGCAGCAGCAGCAGCAACAGCCGCCGCCGCAGGGUGGCAUGACUCCGCAGCAGCAGCAGCAGCAGCAGCAGCAACAGCAGCAGCAGCUGUUGCGUAACAGCAUGAGCAUGGGCCGGCCCAUGACGCCUCAGCAGCAGCAGGGAGAGACGCAGCAGCAGCCGGGGAUGGGACAGCAGAUGGGACAGAUGAACCAGGGUUCGGGAAACCUGCCCGGCAACAUGCAGGCCAUUCAGACACACAACGGUCAGUACCAGGUGAUUCAGCCGUACUACGAUCAGAAUCUGCUGAUGAACAAUGUUGCCGCGGCGGCGGCCGCACGCGGAAUGGGCGGCGUAGGGGGCGCCACCAUGCGCCUCAUGUCGCCGGCUCCCGUCAUCGUCAACGCCGCCGCUUCUCAGGGCGGCACAAGCAGCAUGAACAUGGCAGCGGCUGCCGCCAACAACCAGGCCCUGCGUCUACUCAGCAGUCAGGCCCAGGCUCAGAACCCGCCGGCAUCACUCUACAACAACAGCAACACGCAGAGCAGCGCGUCCUCACAGCAGCAGCAGCAGCAACAGCAGCAGAGCAGCAGCCUGUACUCGUCUCUCGGCGCCGGAUUCACGCCCGUCUCGUCGAGUCUCGGGUUCUCGCAGUCGUCCAGUCUCGGCUUCACGCCGCCCCAGCAGCAGCAGCAGCAGCAACAACAGCAGCAGCAGCAACAGCAGCAGCAGCAGCAGCAACAGCAGCAGCAGCAGCAGCAGGCGGGAGGCGGCAUGACCAACAUGGGCUUCGGAAACAACAACCUGGUGACGAUGUCGUCGAACGUUGGAGCGAUCGGAACUGGUCUAGGCAAUGACAGUCUCGGACAGCGCAGGGACUCCCUCCCCGGCGCUCUCGACUACGUGAAGCGCGGGGGUGGAGGCGGCGGCGGCGGGAUGUCGCAGCAGCUGAACCAGUACUACAACUCGCUCGGGGGCGGCGGGCAGGGACAGGGUUCGCUCGGCGGCAUGGCAGCGAGCCCGGGACCGAUCGGCAUGCUACCACCGAGCCAGUCUCUCAGCCCGCCGCCGAUGUCUGGGUCUUCGUCAAGUCUGAAUUUCGGUGAGGAAUUCUGGGAGGAAGAUGGGAGGGUUGUGUUAGCACACAGUGCCUUAUACACGAUGAUGAAGGAUCAGUUUGCAAACUACGUGUUGAAAUCUAACGCUUCAUACAAGGAGAAUGCUAAUAUGUUUCCUUGUUACACACACAGAGCACACAGUGCCUUAUACACGAUGAUGAAGGAUCAGUUUGCAAACUACGUCGUGCAGAAGAUGAUUGACGUCGCAGAGCCAGCGCAGCGCAAGAUCCUCAUGCACAAGAUCCGUCCGCACGUCGCUACGCUGCGCAAGUACACGUACGGCAAGCACAUCCUCGCCAAGCUCGAAAAGUUCUUCAUGAAGAGCGGCGCCGACCUCGGCCCGAUCGGACCGCCAAACGGCCUCUGA